CUGGAAGGCGAUUCUAUGGACCAGGACGUGGAAAGCCCAGUGGCCAUUCACCAGCCAAAGUUGCCUAAGCAGGCCAGGGAUGACCUGCCAAGACACAUCAGCCGAGACAGGACAAAACGGAAAAUCCAGAGGUACGUGAGGAAGGAUGGGAAGUGUAACGUCCACCACGGCAACGUGAGGGAGACCUACAGAUACCUGACAGACAUCUUCACCACUCUCGUGGACCUCAAGUGGAGAUUCAACCUGUUGAUCUUCGUCAUGGUCUACACGGUGACUUGGCUCUUCUUUGGGAUGAUCUGGUGGCUAAUUGCGUACAUCCGGGGAGAUAUGGACCACAUAGAGGACCCCUCGUGGACUUCCUGUGUCACAAACCUCAAUGGGUUUGUCUCUGCUUUUUUAUUCUCAAUAGAGACGGAAACCACCAUCGGUUAUGGCUACCGGGUCAUCACGGACAAAUGCCCCGAGGGAAUUAUUCUCCUCUUAAUCCAGUCUGUGUUGGGGUCCAUUGUCAAUGCAUUCAUGGUGGGGUGUAUGUUUGUGAAAAUAUCCCAGCCCAAGAAGAGGGCAGAGACCCUGGUGUUUUCCACCCACGCCGUGAUCUCCAUGCGGGAUGGGAAGCUGUGCCUGAUGUUCCGGGUUGGGGACCUGAGGAACUCCCACAUUGUGGAGGCUUCCAUCAGAGCCAAGCUGAUCAAGUCCAAGCAGACUUCAGAGGGGGAGUUCAUCCCCCUCAACCAGACGGACAUCAACGUAGGGUACUACACCGGGGACGACCGUCUCUUUCUAGUAUCGCCAUUGAUUAUCAGUCAUGAGAUUAACCAACAGAGCCCCUUCUGGGAGAUCUCCAAAGCCCAGCUACCCAAAGAGGAACUGGAGAUUGUGGUUAUCCUGGAGGGGAUGGUGGAAGCCACAGGAAUGACGUGCCAAGCCCGAAGCUCCUACAUCACCAGUGAGAUCUUGUGGGGCUACCGCUUCACGCCUGUCCUAACGCUGGAAGAUGGGUUCUAUGAAGUCGACUACAACAGCUUCCAUGAGACCUAUGAGACCAGCACCCCCUCCCUCAGUGCCAAAGAGCUAGCCGAGCUGGCUAACAGGGCAGAGCUGCCCCUGAGUUGGUCUGUGUCCAGCAAACUGAACCAACAUGCGGAACUGGAGACAGAAGAGGAAGAGAAGAACCCGGAAGAACAAACAGAGAGGAAUGGUGACGUGGCAAACCUAGAGAAUGAAUCCAAAGUGUAA